GCGCGGGAAAACGUGUGCGAGCGAGUCACAAUUGGUUCUGGUUUUACUUCUGAUUGGAUGAAAAAGUGGCGCGAGUGUUUUGAGCCAAUUGCGUAGCGUAGUAAUGUAAAACCGAUACUUUAUGAUACUCAAGUGGAAACCGCUCAUGCUAAGAAGGAUGAACAGUAUUUUUGAUUUCCAUUUUGAAACAGUGUAAAACAAAGUGCAUGUCACAAACGGGUAGCAUGAAGAAAAGAUAUCUGAAGAAACUGUACGUAAUGUUCUCAAUUAUUUGAAGGGCAAAAAUCUAAAUAAAAACCUUUACAGAUAGUAACUUGUUAUAAAAUUAGAAUUCGUUUGGUACUUAGAGGCUAUUUUUCGAUAUUUUACCAUUAUGCAGCAAAUGAUAAAAAACUACUUGGUUAGGUUAGUAUGGUAUCAUCAGUUGAAAAUCUUUAGGGUAAACAGUAGGGUAAACAAUUGUUUUUAUUCUAAUUGUAAGGAUCUUUUAACAAGAAUAUUAAAGUUAAGAUUGGCGGAAUUUUAGGGAUAUGCUAAGAAUGUAACCAAGGCUGAAAUUCAGUCAAAACAUUUCUUUGCAAGCAUGUUGAAAGAAAUUAAAAUUCAAUAAAAUCACAGAGGUUUUUAAAUGAACUUUAUUACAACAUUGAAGAGCAUGAGAAAUAUGUAUCUUGAAUACUUAUUUCCUCCUUCUUGCACAGUUCAAUUACUUAAUAGUUUUAACUUAAGGUGAACGGUAGUUUUUCCCAAAUCUGGAGAUGAAGACUCUCUGCUUGUGUAUAAUGUACCACAUCCACUGACCAGUUUAUUAAAGAAUUCACAUCAGGAGCUAUGAGGUAGGUAGUCAUUGUGAGAGAAAAAAUACAUAUAAACUUGGAAACAUCUUAGUUAUACUCCUGGACUGAAGCUUAUUUAGAAGCUCUCAGUGCAAAGCUUGAUGUAAAACAAGUCGCAUAAGCUUCCAUGUGGAUCUCAAAAACAAAGUUAAAAUCAUAGAACAACACCCAUACAGACUGUAUGUAUCAACAGGUUUAAUAAAAUAAUUUGGAAGAUAAACACACACAAAAACUUCAAAAUACCUAAACACUUAGUAAAACCAAAGCUGGAAAAUACUUACCCAAAGUUAACACACCUACAGAAUAAGUAGACAAUACGCUGGUAUUGUUCCAUCUCAAUUUAAUGACUAGGGUAAAAAUAUUCAUAAAUUACUAAUAGCUUCUAAUAAUACUUGACGACAACUUUUUCUUGAAUUCCUUAGGGACAAUAGUUAUCAGAAAACUGAUAUCUUGUGUCUCCAUAGUUAAUUCAGGUUUUUCUGGAAGUACGAGUUCAUUUCACCGAAGUAAAUAAGCGGUAAAAGGUUGAAGAAAUAAAGCCGUGUUGGAAUUUAGGAACAUCAACAAUAACUGCACCACAUAUAAGAAAUAGAAAACAUGUCCCAUGUUUCUACUGAGUUAUAGAAACACGAGUGGAAGUUUGGGAGAACGAGAAAUGCUGUGCCGAGAACACGAGCCGACAGGCACCAGAGAGACCGGCUUACGCAGACAGGCUUACGCCGACAGGCUUACUCUUAUUAGAAAUUUUGAGUUAAAACUCGAUGCAUGCAUGGGUAAAGAGCGGUCAUCACGAGCGACGCAAGCAUAAGUAUGAGCCUAAAAGAUUAUGCCCUUGUGGGAACGGCCGGACAUAAGCAUAAGUAUAAUAAUAUCAAACCUUGAGUUAUUCUUAUGCUUAUGCUAGUGAUCACGUCGCGGCCGUCCCCACUAGCGCAUAAGCCUCUUAUGCUUUGGAUUUUAAACGCAUCAUCGCGCACACUUUCUUUGGGCUAUUUUCUAAAUGGCUACAGUACUCACUUUGUCAAGUUGACUUGAGAGGUGAACGAAGCUUGAAAAAGUAAAUAUAAUUAUAUAUUCUGAAAGCUCUCUUUUGUACUUACGAAGAUUGCCGAAGGUUGUCUCAGCACUAACUUCCAAAGAUAGCCGACGAUGAUGCCCGUACGCUGCCGGAAGGUUUUGCUCAUGACGCACAACGAUGCCCGUGACGAAAGCCAAUUAGUACGGAAAAUGUGCGGCCGUCACCAGGAUGAAAAAAAAGCGCAUAAACAUAUGCAAAUCCCGUGAGGUUAAUAUGUCAAAAAACCUCACAAAACCUCUUCUAACCCUUCUGCCUUUUAAAAGUUAAGAAUACUAUCCAGUUUCCGGCUUGGCGGAGGAAUCGGGCCUAAGAAUUUAUUUGUGAAAUACCGGAUAAACCAUGAAUACAAUUUUGCGUCGUUUUAUACUAACAAUGAAAGAAAUGUGGCCGAAAUUAGAUUUCCAUGGAUAUUUAGGCACCGUUAAGUACAAAAGGAAAGACAAUACCUCUAUAUUGUAUCAGAGGAUUAAACGUUUUGAACAGAUUUGCGGUCAAUAUAACACUAAUAUAACAAAAACCACAAAUCGGCUUCAUCGUACAGGAUAAAACAAAUGAUUUAAGAGAAAAAGCCUUCAAGCUGACUUAGGAGUAAAAUAUCAGGUUAUCAAAACCUGCAAAUGAAGCUCUUGAAGUUAUUUUUUACACAAUCAUACGAUGAGCACCCAAGAAUAAGCCGGUUCCUUGAUUCAUCGCUCGUCUCAAAGAUUCUGGAUGCUAGCGUAAUUGAAGAAAUGCCGAUUCCGUGGAUUAAAUAUUAAAAUCCGUUCAGUUGCAGUUUAAGAUCUAUGAAGGACUACAUUUUUUUACUGAUUUAUCGGCGACGAUCAAUAAAAAUUUUAAUCUUGUAGAUAUUAACCUUCGAAAACACUCUUUUAAGCAAUCGAUCAGUAUCUGACCAAACCAGUUUUUAUUUUGGCAAAACUAUCUUUUUCAUGCAUUGAACUAUUCAGUUAAAAAUACCCAUUGUAAAUGACCAAAAUACCAAAACAAAGACUCAACAAAUGGAACAAGAAUGUUGUGUACAACCAAUGCAGUGUUUUGAAAUUCUGUCUCAGGUCUGAUGUUGCUCUUUUGAAGUUAUCUGCGACAACAAUCUUUUGAAAAAACAACACUUAGGUUCGGUUCCACUUAACUUUCGCAUCUUAUCUUUACCGUCAAGAAGCCCACAUGCAUUAACAAAGCUAAGUCUCUGGAGACCGCUCGGCGAGGCUGGUUCAAAAAGGGGCGCUUUCCGGUCUAACUUCCGUUGAAAGUCUAGCGUAAGCACUUUGGUAUGAGUUGGGUCAUCUAAGAAAUUGCUACAUAAUUACCAGUUUUGUUUGGAGCAGCCAAGGAAUUUUCCCACACUGGGGUAAACAGCAAAUACCAGCGAAGUACGAUUACCAACGGAUCGCUUUGACUCGACUCACAUUCGCGUAUUCUUAAGAAUUUAAAUGAGUCUUAAGUCCAGAAGGAAAACCAAGGAAACCGCCAAUGCCAAAUCAAUGAUUUAAAAAAAGAUCAACAAACGCUCACCUUUUAAGUAAAAGUGGUGGAGUGAUUUAUUUUUAGGGUUAGGGUAUGUUGGUCGACUUCCGUAGACUUGCAAAUAUUACAACCCCUUGUAGUCAAGCUACAUGUAUCCAAAUUAGAAGAUUUAGACAAUCAAACAUCUUUCUUUUCUCUUGUCAGCGUGUUGCCGACUCUUUCUAUACUCUCAACAAUUAGCAACAUCCAGUUUCUCGGAACAAUCAUUGUAGAGAAAAACUGGUACCAUAUCAAAUACAUUCUCAAGCAACAGGAACUGCUAACAACAAUAGUAAAGAAAACUAAGUUAAGUACUAUUUUACACUCAGCGAAAAUUAAACAGACACACGUAGAAAGUAUCUAUUAGGUGAAUAUAUUGCUGCAGCUAUUUUUUCAAGUAGAGUCGGUGUAAAUUUAGAGAAAAAUUUUAAAACCUAAAAUGAAAAACAUGUAACACUACGUCUAUUUGAUCGAAAUCCUUUACUAAUGAUAGCCGUGUUAGUAAGCUCUGAACAAUAAUGAACAACAUUUUUUAGCAAAUCACGCGGAUUAAAACGAGAAGUUUAUGUUUUUGUUCAACGCUCACUGAAGAAUAUUUGUGAAUUUCCAUAUUGGUUGUACACAGCGGGUUUCGUGCCGUUGAUGACAUGCAGUUUAGCUGUUCAGUCGGCGCAGUUUAAUCGUCAUUUGUGUCUUCGUGUAUACAUUACAAACCACUGACUUUUGUUACAGGGGCAAACGAAAUAUUGACACUUUGAACAACAGCGGAAAAAACCUCUCGGUAAGGCAUUUCACAGGACAAGCAGCCGGCAAACUUUGGAAGACUGGAAGAAUAGAGACUUGCUUCGGAAUGGAAACAUGCGAGCUUUAAUAUUUUAGAAACAUCGCAACGGGAAUGGAAUUUCGCAACCCGUUACGAAAGCUUUUAAACGUUGUAAUCAAUUUUUAAUCGUUAAAUGUUUAGCACCAAAGAAACCAUUGUUGCGUCUAAUAGGUGUUAAAAGGCCUUCGUUUUCGGGGGCAAGUCACGCAAAGAUUUCUUUCCAUUCGUAAUAGUUACACGUUUUACGAACCGAGAAAAAGCACGAAGCUCAAGGAAGGUUAAACUGGCGAGUUCUCUAGAAUUUCCAUUAUUUCAAGCACGUAUCGCUUCUAAGCUUUGAACCAAGCGUAUUAUAAUACGCGGAGUUUGACAGGCAAUAUCGGCUUCAUAAGUCUCCGGAUUCCAUCACAAAGCCAGCGUCACGGGCAAUAUCCGAACACAAAGGCUUAAACACGUAGAAGGCAAUACAGUGAAGCGAAGGCUAAUUAUAACAAUACAUUUUUCAAGAGCGCUGUUAGUUUCAUUUCAACCAAGAAGAGGCACACACUCAAGUGAACCUUCCGUGGCAAGACACCCUCGAAGUAAUCUUCGGUAAUAAUUCGCCCGAAAACAAACGAAAGGUGACGGUUUACGAUGAAGGUCGCCAUUAUAGGAGCCGGGGUAAGCGGUUUGGUCUCCAUCAAAUGCUGUUUAGACGAAGGGCUUGAGCCUGUCUGCCUUGAAAAAUGCUCUAACAUUGGAGGGUUGUGGAAAUUUUCCCACGAGGAAGGUUCGUACUCUGGUAGCGGCUCGGUGUACGAGUCCACCGUUAUCAACACGAGCAAAGAGAUGACGUGCUUCUCAGAUUUUCCCGCGCCAAAACAUUUCCCGCCAUUUAUGCCGCACGGCGACGUGGUGAAAUAUCUGCAAAUGUACGCCAAGCAUUUCGACCUGCUCAAAUACAUUCACUUCAACGCCACAGUAUUGGAAAUAAGCCGAACCUCAAACCACAGGGAAACUGGACAGUGGAAAGUAAGCUUCGUUAACUGGGAGGGAAAGAAGAUUGAGAGCAUUUUUGAUGCCGUCAUGAUUUGUAACGGUCACCUUUCAAAGCCAUUUUUUCCAACCUUUAACGGGCUUGAUAGAUUUGAGGGACGGAAAAUUCAUAGCCAUGACUACAAGAGUUACCGAGGAUUUGAAGACAAAGCUGUUCUUGUUAUAGGCCUUGGAAACUCUGCAGCUGAUAUUGCCGUUGAACUCAGCCGCCACGCCUCCCAGGUUUACCUCAGCACCCACAGAGGGGCCUGGGUCAUUUCUCGUCUGGAAAAGCGCGGGUUGCCAUGGGACCAGCACGUGGAAACGAGAUUUUUUCAAAACCUGCCGAGCAAGAUCAAAGAAUGGUUGGCUGUGCGAAGUGCUCAGAAGAGGUUUGAUCACGAGACCUACGGGCUUCUUCCCCACCACGGAAUCCUGAAUGCCCCUACGGUGAUCAGCGAUGAUCUUCCCCUUCGUAUCGCCACCGGAACAAUUAAACUUCAACCGGGGGUUUCUCAUUUUACCAAGAAUGGCGUGGUUUUCACCGACGGCACAAGACUGGAUAACUUGGACGCCGUGAUAGCUUGCACAGGUUAUGAUAUCUGUUUUGAAUUCCUACAAGACAAGUACAUCCUGCCAGUGGAAGACAAUCAAGUCUCGCUGUACAAACAAGUGUUCCCACCCCACCACCCCAAGUCAACCCUAGCAGUCAUGGGUCUGAUCCAGUCCUCUGGCGCGUUCUUUCCAGCCGCUGAGUUGCAGGCUCGCUGGGUGACUCGUGUGUUCAAGGGGCUGGCCAGGUUACCCAGUAAAGAAUUCAUGUUGCACAACAUUGGACUGGAAAAAAGGAUGCUGAGGCAAAUUUUCUACGCCUCGAGAAGACUCACAAUCCAGGUUUCCAGCAUUCCGUACAAAGACCAACUCGCGGAUUUGAUUGGCUGCAAACCAGACCUCACAAGGCUCUUUUUCAGGGACCCUCUUUUGGCCUUCAAGUGCUUUUUCGGACCUUGCUGCGCAGCCCAAUACCGCCUCAUGGGACCAGGGGCAUGGCCUGGUGCCAAAGGGGUCAUAGAG